GAUAUUUCUUCACCAUCAGAACUCAGAACUCCCAUCUCCAUGGCUUCUUCUUCUUCCCCUGCUCCUCGUUUUACUUACCACGUGUUCCUGAGCUUCAGAGGCGAAGACACUCGCAAAAACUUCACCGACCACCUCUACACGGCGCUCACUCAGUCCGGCAUCAACACCUUCAGAGACGAUGACGAAAUCCGGCGAGGGGAGCACAUUGAGUCCGAAAUCAACCACGCCAUUCGUCAGUCCAAGCUCUCAAUCCUCGUCCUCUCCUCCGACUAUGCUUCCUCCAGAUGGUGCCUUGAUGAGCUUGCGUUGAUCAUGGAUCGCCGGAAGACCCACGGCCACAUCGUCGUCCCUAUUUACUACGACGUCCUUCCCUCUGAUGUCCAUGCCCUGUCCGGUAGCUAUGGUGAAGCCUUUGCCCAACAUCGGAACUGCUUCGACGAUGAUGUCGUGGAUCGGUGGCGACUGGCGAUUUCCCAGCUUGCACGUCUUCAAUCCCACUUGGUCUUGCAUGACAGGUACGAAUCCGAAUUUGUUCAGGCUGUAGUAAAGCAAGUGGCGAAGCUGCUGAACCGUACACUGGUAGACGUGUCCACCCACUUAGUUGGAAUGGAUUAUCGAGCAGGGCUCGUUAACUUAUGGCUGCAAAAUGAAUCCGCAGAUGCAACUGUUGCUGCAAUAUAUGGGGUUGGUGGUGUUGGCAAAUCAACCAUUGCCAAGAUCGUCUACAACCAAAACUUUGACAAAUUUGAUGCUGGCAGCUUUCUCGCUGAUAUUCGAAGCGUUUCAGGCCAACCCAAUGGGUUGGUUCGUCUGCAGAGGCAGCUUCUUUCUGAUCUCACAAAGGGAAGUGCUCCAAAAGUUUACGGUGCAGAUGAAGGCAUUGUCAAGAUCAAAGAUGCCUUGUAUCGUAAGAAAGUACUUCUCAUUCUCGAUGAUGUUGAUCACUCGGAGCAGCUGGAUGUAAUCAUGGGAUUGCUGCAGUGGUUUCACAAGGGAAGCAAGAUACUGAUAACGACUAGGCAUCAGCAUAUAAUGGGAGCUCAUGCGGUUAGCUUGAUGCUGAAGGUGAAAGAAUUGGACGAUAAAGAAUCUAUUCAGCUAUUCAGUUGGCAUGCCUUUAGUGGUGCUGAUCGUCCCGAUGAUGGUUACGAGUUGCUGUCUAAAGAAGCAGUGGAUCGUUGUGGCGGUAUUCCAUUAGCUCUUCAAGUUCUGGGCUCUUCCCUUUGUGGGAAGUCUAAUGAGGUAUGGGAAAGUGUGUUGCAGAGGCUGAAAAGGGUUCCUGAGACCGAUAUCCAGAGCAUUUUCCAGAUAAGCUUUGGUUCUCUGGAGGAUGAUCAUGACAGAAAUUUGUUCCUUGAUAUUGCUUGUUUCUUCAAUGGAAUGGACGUGGACUAUGUUGCUAGGAUAGCUGGUGGAUGUGGAUUCUUUGCAGUCGUCGGUAUUAAGAAUCUGAACCGCAGAUGUUUGGUGAGUAUCAGCGAAGAGAACAAGUUGACAAUGCAUCAGCUGGUGGUGGAAAUGGGGAGAGAGAUUGUUCGUCAGGAGUCUGUUGAUGAUCCUGGGAAACGUAGCAGGCUGUGGGAUCAUAAGGAUUCCUUCAUGGUAUUGAAAGAGAAGAAGGGUACAGAUUUAGUGAAGGGUCUCACUUUGGAUGUGCACAAAGGUUCAUCACACUAUCAAACACAGUCCCAAAGUGGCGAUUCGAAAGGAAACGUUUCAAAAAGGCAACGUCGUCUUGGCUUCUUCCCCCAUAAACCAGCAGACAGUACUUCACAAGGUUCAUUCUCCAUACAGUCAGCAGCAAGGAUGCAGAAACUUAAGUUGCUGCAUCUCAAUGACGUGAAGUUCAAAGGGGACUACAAGAAUUUUCCUAGAAACAUAGUAUGGCUGCGUUGGAAAGGUUUUCCUAUGGAAUGUAUGCCGAACGAGUUGUCCCUAGAAAAGUUGGUUGUACUCGACAUGAGAAAUAGCAACCUCAAAUAUCUCUGGAAGGAAACAAAGUUCCUACCGGAGUUGAAGAUACUCAACCUGAAUCACUCUCAUAACCUUGUUAGAACCCCAAACUUCAAUGGGCUACCGAGCCUCGAGAGGCUGCUGCUCAAGGAUUGUGCAAGCUUAACCGAACUUGAUGAGUCCAUUUGUGACCUCAAGGGGCUUGAGCUAUUGAACCUGCAAGACUGCACAAGUCUCAGGAAGCUCCCUUCAGACUUCGGUACUCUGAAAAGCUGUCUUUGUGUCCUUAUUCUCUCUGGUUGCUUGAAUCUCCAACAAAUGCCUAAGGAUUUGAGUGAGAUGGAGUCACUGAAAUUCCUAGCUGCCGACGGAGUUGGCAAAAACCAGAGCUUGAACUUGAGCAAGAACCCAUUUGGUUACCUACCGGAAGACAUCAACAAGCUUGGUAUGCUGGAGACCCUCGAGCUGGAGCAGUGCACAAAACUUGAAGCACUUCCGGAGCUUCCAACCAGUUUAAGCAUACUGAAGGCAGAUGACUGUUCCUCAUUGAACAGAAUAGCAAACUUGCCAAACUUGCUUGAAUGGUUGGAUUUGGAAGUCCAUGGUUGUGAAAGGAUAACUGAGAUUGGAGGAUUGUUUAGAUUAGAACCACUAAGCAGCAUUGACUCAGAAGUGCUGAACAAUUUGGGCCUGUUCGACCUCGAAAGCUUCGAGGGGAUUGAAAUAGAGAUGUCCAAUGCCUUGUCAUGCACGACCAUAAAGACACCAAUUCAGGUACUCCAAGAGUGCAACAUCUUCAGCACAUUCAUCCCCGGGAGUGAAGUUCCAGACUGGUUCAACAUCCGAGUUGAAGAAUCCUCAUCCCUGUCAAUGGUGCUGCCAGCAGCUUCCGGUCUAAAGAUACGUGGGUUGAGUUUGUGCACUGCCUAUACAGGGAAAUGGGAAUCUGAGGAAGAGAAAGAAACAUCACUUGUGGAUGAGAAUUACCUUAAGAUCAUCAAUGAGACAAGUGGUGUAAAAUGGUGUUACAGCCCCAUGUUCUUCGGAAUCCCUAGGGCUAAAGUCGCUGGUAGUAGAAACAGCAUGUUGUGGUUAAGCCAUUGGACGUUUGGAGAGUACUUGGAAGCAGGGGAUGAACUUCAUAUCGUCAUGGAUCUUGCGGCGUGCUUCGAAGUCCAAGGGUGUGGCAUUCGAGUCAUAUACGAGCAGCAGCAGGAGAGCAGCAAGGCUAAAGAAAUAGCUGAAAGCAGCAGCAGCAGCAGAAAUUUAUCUGGGUAUGAAGUUGGGAGGGAUGCAUUUCUUCUGAGCCAUCACAUGUUCUUGACACACCAAGGAGCUCCAAGAGAUGAUUGGGAUGAUUUGAGUGGUUAUGAGUACCUGUUCGAGCCCAAUGCUUCUGAAGAUGAAUAUGUGACGGACGAUGAAAUGUAGUUCUGAUUCAAUGUCCAGUACUUAUGCUUUCCAGAUUUUUCAUCAGAUAUACUUCAACGAUAUGGACAUC